UUGCCGGAAGACAAAGAUGGAAUAGUGGAAUACAUCCAUGGUGGAAACAUGAGGUCUUUGAAUUUGAUGGCCGCAAUUGGAGAAGUGGUUACAGAUAAUGGAUGGAUGGAUGGAUGGACUUUUCCUGGAGUGGGACUUGGACAGAACAACAAACAGCCUGGAUCAAGCGAAAGACUCCAACCUGCUCCAGACGACGCCCCACCACCGCCCAUGAGAUUCAGAGAGCCGUCGUGCGUCGAUUUUGCGCUCCAGAGGAGGAAAACCAUCGAGGCUCUUCUUCUUCUUGUUGUUAUUCUUCUUGUGCGCGCUCAGGCUGCCCACGGCAUCAUCAUCAUCAUCAUCAUCAUCACCUCGGCAAUAACAGGAGGGGUGCCAGCCAGAGGAAGAAGAGGAGGAGGAGGAGGAGGAGGAGAGGAAGAAGGGGUGGUAUAGAGUAUUCCGAAUUGACGCUCAGAAAAAUAAUAACACAGUCUGUUUUUGGAAAGACGUCCGUGGCGGGAAGCGAAAAGGGAUCUUGCAAAACUGAGAUGGCUGAGGUGUCACAAGAGGAGAGACUCCAGGCCAUCGCUGAGAAAAGGAAGAAGCAGACAGAGAUUGAAAAUAAGAGGAGGCAGCUGGAUGAUGACCGACGGCAACUCCAGCAUCUCAAGUCGAAGGUAAUGAGGGAGCGCUGGUUGCUGGAUGGCGCUCCGGCGGAGGAGGAGACUCAGCAGCGUCUGCAUGACGACGAGGUGAAGACCAAACUCCUGGAGCAGGUCAUCCUCAGGCUGGAGCAAGAGAUUGAAGAUCUGGAGACAGACGCUCCAGCCAAGGGUGUGGCCAAAGAAAAUGGAGGUGAGAACGGAGUAGUGCAGAGCUCCGGCCAGACCCCCAAGAGAGAGGUGACGGGGAUUGAGGCCAAGCUCCUGGGUCCCAGUCCUGACCAGGCUAGCGCGGACAACCCCGUCACCCUGGUGUUCAUGGGCUACAAAACGGUGGAGGAGGAGCAGGAGACCCGCACGGCCUUGGGGAUGGAAGGGGUGGACGGCAACGUCAAGGCCGAGUUCGUUGUCAUCGAGGACGGGGAGGCGAAGGCGGGAGGAGAGGCGGCCACAGAUGAGCAGGCUCCGCCGAACGGAAGCAUGGCGGAGAAAGAAAAGGCCAACGGAGGCGGAGAGGAUGCAGAGAAGGAGAAGGAGAAGAAACAGUCCUGCAAGUGCUGCACGGUCAUGUGAGCUGUGUGUGUGUGCGUGUAUGUAUGUGUGUGUGAGUGUGGGUGAGUACACACCUGUAUCUGUGCAGGCAUGUGUGCCAUUGCAUGUGUCUGUAUUUGCAGAUGUGUGUUACUGUCCGUGUGGGUGGUGUGUGUGUGUGUGUGUGUGUGUGUUGGGACUGGGAAAAAAAAGAAGUACACAGCCAAUAUACCAACAAUGAGAGCCAAUACAAGCUCCAGCUACAACAACAAGAACCACAAAGACUCAUAAGUACACUUUACUCUGUAUACUUUCUCUGAUAUGUAUUUGACUUUUGAUUUCUAUUGAUAUUUUUCUAUUUUUCUGUCUUGACAUUUAUAUUGUAUUCAGUAUGUAUAUCUUUAUUAUGGGACUGUGUACUGUAAGUUCAUUGUUAUUAUUGUUGGGGGGGAUAAAAAAGAAAAUGUAUUAGCUCUCUGGAUUGUACUGCUACCCGCUGGGGGAAAUCUGGAAAUCAUUUAAGUCAAAACAGCAAACUAUGAAGGACACAGAUACUUAAAUAUAUAUAUACAGUAUAUAUUUCUCUGUGCAGGCCUACCAACUAUUUAUCGGUCAAUUUCAUAUUGCAAUAUUGUCUAAGAUAUUAUUUUAAAUAGUAUUUUAAUAUAUUGAUAUGAAAUUAUGUUUUAUACAAUGUAUUUAUUGUUUUUUUGGUUCUCUAUAUCAUCUCAAACCAUUAACUGCAUGUAAGCUUGUAAGCACUACCGGAUUCAAUCAUAACAAGUGUCUGUGCUUUCUUAGACUUCAUAAUGUGCUCAUAUCUUUAGUCACACAAGUCUUUCUAUCAGUAACAGUUGAGCAGUGUUAGAGAUGUGCAUUAAGUUUAAAAUAAAGCACGGAGACAAAGCGGCUGAUUAGAGCAGCGACCAUAUUGCAAACCGCAUUAGCUUCUCAUAGAUAACUAUAUGUGACACAUGUACACGAAGAUCACAGCUUUUGUAUUUUUUAAAUAAGAUGGAUACACUUGCUUUACAAUCAAUAGAGUCAUGACUAAACCAUCACGCAAAAUGCUUAAAUAAUUUAGUUUCUCUCAACAGUAGAAUCAAUGUGAAUCUUAUGAGGUAGCACUGCAUGAAGCCUUGCAACUGUUUUGACUGUCUUGUCACUUGUUAGGUCUUAAUUAUACGCUUUCACGUUCACAUGAAUGUAAAUCCAGGGGUUAAAUUGGGAUUAGUUCUACCAUAAUGAGAAGAGGCGGGCUUGCUCAGCUCACCGUAAAAACAACAAAAAAAAAGCUUUUUGUCUCUUUAUGAACCAAAUAAAAAUCUGAUGAUUCUGUAAUUUCA